GGCGGUGUUUGCAACGAGGCCUGUUCCGUUUUCAAGAUGGCAGUUCCCCGCACCUGGCCGUACCGUAGGCCUAGUGCAGUUUAUUUUGGCCGUGCUGUUUCCCUGUGACCCGAUGGUUGCAUUAAGACUGUCUGCACUCAUUCUUGGAUGAUAAAGUUGAAAUUCCUGCAUCUACGUAAAAUGGCCUUUAGAACACGUUGUUUUCCGGGACUCUUUAGACUCCAUUGGGGAAGGAACUUCAUUUUCCACAACUUCCACAAGCACAACCAUGACAACGGUCGUGAUAGGCUGUUGCACAGUGUGAGUGUCUUACGAAUGGAACGAGCGUUUGCAGAGAAAUCUUUGAAGAGAAUGUUGUGCAUCCAUUCCAUGGAGGUAAUCGUGCAGUGUACCAGGGCGAUGAGCCAGUUCUCCCCAAAAGAUACAGAUGUUCAACGGAUGCAACAAGUAUUGGAACAGUCUGGUAGGCAACCCAUGGGUGGGGACAGUGAAAGCCGCCUCAUCUAUGAGGUUCGCAGUUUAGGCAUGAUGCGCUUUUGCACCUUGUUGUUCUACGUUACCGCUCUGACUGGACUCUAUGCGUCCCCUGAUCUGAUCUCCAGUGCCCUGGAGCACGACACAGUAAACAACGAGAUGAUCCUCAGCUUUCUUACCCUCUCCAUGGCAGUGGUGGUUCUGCCUGUGCUCCUGACGAUGUUCAACAAUCGGCUGGUCCUGCGUAUGUAUUACAGCAAUGUACAGCAGUCCUAUGUUACUGUGACACAAACUCCUCUCUUGACACUGAGACGAACCACAUUCUGUCUUGCUGAUGUCGUUCCUACCAAGAGAAAGCCGGGCUCCCUUCUCGGAUUGUUCAAUAUGAACACCCUGAGAGCAAAAGACCGCCCUUAUUUCAUCAAUCCAUACAACUUCAAGAUUCCAAGUGAUUACAAUCGUAUCAUGGGAUAUCAGUAAAUUAAUUCAUCACUGCAACUACACUUUCUAAAGGGCAGAGCAACUGAUGAUACCUGUUACAGCUUUGAUGAUACCUGUUACAGCUUGGUAGAGGGAAGCUGUUGCUCUAGUGUCAUUUCACAAAGACAUUUCAUUUCGGAAUUUUUCUGUUCAUAUUCUGAUCGCAUGGUUUUUUAUUGAAAUACUUUUAACCAAAUUUGGCAAUAUCGACCAGCCCUAAUGUCAACAACUGAAACGACUAAUCCCCAAAUAGCAAAACUGCCACAAUUGGAAAUAACUGACAUUCAGGUUGAUUCCUAAUGACAUCACUUUUGUUCUCAUGGAUAUGCAAAUUUCCAUGAAUGUAACAAGACACAAAGUGCCCAUAAAAAUAAUAAACCAAAAAUUUGAAGUUGAGUUACGUAGGACACAGUGGUGCAUUUCAAGGACUUCAUUAAAACAACUUGUAUGGAGUGUCACAUUUUGUUUGUAGAAUUUCAAUGAAAAAGUGGAGUAUUGUUUGUUGUGCAUGUAUGUGUAUAUACUUUGCAGUUAGGAGAGCCAAUCAAGGGGUGGACAUACAUUCCUUCGUCUUCUCUUGGAGACUUGGUGAGUCAAGAUAAUGGGUAGGCAAUCAAGUGGUUUGUUUUAGAGAGACAGAUUUAAUGCCAUUCAUCCUCGGUUUACAAAUGAUGUACACAAAAGUAGUGAAAUGUGAUCAAAGUUCUCCAUAAAUCAUCAAACCCUCUGAACUGAAGCACAGCAAAAUGUUGCAUGUUUAAGAAAGUUUUAAAAAAUCCUGAUCAAGAUACAACUCUAAACAAGUAAAAAAAACGAAACACCUGCAGCUUUCAGGUGGCAAUUUUAAGACUUAAUGCAAAAACUGAAGUGUGAUAUAAGUGUAUAACAGCAGCUUUCUGAAGCCUUUGCUCUUUAUUAACACACACCGAUGUGAGCCAUGUCCAAAUCAAACUGGCUGCGACUAGUGUAGCUCACACUUUUAUGGGUAGCCAUUCCCCUGUUGGCAUCCAUAGGUGCACGUUACUUCAAGCCAUGGCCAGUGUUUGAACUUGGCCUUAUAUGCAAAUGCUACAGUGUUCCAGAACAUGGGCGUCAACCAGUGGGGGAUGGGAGGGGGUUAUGUUCACUCGCCCACUUUUGAAUAAUGUAAAAAAAAAAUGUUUGUCAUCCCCAUUUUUGGGGGUUGUUGAAUAAAAAGUGCAGGUUCAUGUUUGAUUCUACAGUUCAAAGUGGCAAAUUAAAAUGCCUCGGAGCUUGAAAAAAACAAAACACAUCCACAGAGGCUUCCAAAAUUGGGUAAAGUGGUCAGAAAUUGCCUCAGGUCAAAUCACAGAGCAUCUAGAAUCGGAAAGUUUCUGGCAUGCCGUUAAAGGCUUCACUCUCACGUUGGUUUUGCUUAAGGCACUUUGUUCCCCCCAAAAACAUUUCAGAAGUGACUGACGCCUUUGCUCCAAUGGAAGUAGCGAGUACGAUUUAAAUUAUUUGUGUGACAUCUGGGAAGUCAACCAUAUUUCUUUCAGCUUGUUUUCAUCUGGAAUAAAGUUCCAACACACUCCCACUUAAAAGAGAUGUCAAAGGUUGCUCCAACGAUAUGCAUGCUUCUCUGUACUAUGAGCCUACUACAUAUGAAUAAAUUAAUGGAAAUUGGUCAGGUUCCCUGCUGCCAGCCUUAAUUCCAGUGCCAUUUACAGUGUUCAGAUUUGAUUCAAGAUUGAAGCCCCCCCCAUAACAUAUAUUCUGUCUGCAAUAGGAACACACAGUAUUAGACAUAACCAAAGGCAGAUCUGGAAACAAUUUUGAUCACCUUUGAGCACUUUAAAACACCACACAAGAUAUACCACAUGUGAUGUACAUGUAUAGAAAUGAACCAUUUACAUAUAAAUGAAACAUUUACACUUAUAUACAGCAAGCUUUUCCAUGCCCCCCCCAAUACAGAACAAGGUUAUGCUGAAUGGUCAGUCUGUGCAUUUUGGUUUCAGACUGCAUCGAAUGAUGCAAGUUUAACUCAAUGGAGUGUUUGUGUAGUAAUGCAGAGUAAAUGACCUAGCAUUACAGUCAUCAAAGUACAAGGAAAAAUUUCCACGUCUGCACCAAACUAGCAUCCUAGAAUCUGUGAGGAUAUGUGUGCUGAAGACUGUUGCUCAAGCACAGACAAUACAAAUGUGUAAGUUCUUAAUAAAUGUAACUCCUGCUACAUUUGACAGGCUUUGACAGACUGCUUCAAGCCCACUUUGGCCUCUGAUAUUGGUGGGAUGAUACCGCCCUCUGGAGUGCAACCAUGGAACAAUAAAUUUAAGUCGUGUAGGCAUGCUGUAAGAACUGGAUCAACACUAAUGGUGAAUAACCUGUGUUGAAUAUCAACAUGUAGUCUCAGUUUUGGAAAAUGACCCAAAUCGGCCUGGGAUUGUGCAUGAAUGAAAGAGGGCACUUUGUUACCUAGCAACCUGGAGAAAAGCUCUUUCUGAAAAUCCACCAACAGCACAAGGCGUCAAUUCUGAGGUAUAGGGGUGGUAAAAAAAGGUUUAACGGGACGAAAAUUAUAUUUUGCAACAGGUCAAGAAAACCCUGGCUAUGUACCUCUUUUACAUCCAGGAGUAACAAAGACCAGUGGUAACACACCACUGACUGUUCAUAAUGCCUUAGCUUUGAUUAGCAUUUUGAUUAAUUAAAGUCCAACAGUUAAACAAAAAAAACAAUGUGACUCAAAGGGAACAAUGUUGGCUUGCACCACUGUCUAUAAAUGACAAGUUUAUGCCAACAAUGACAUGAAUAUUAUACUGCCUUAGAACAUUCCCUUACCAUUUACACACAGCAUUAGGUUUUCCCCCAAGAGUUUAUUAUGUUACUCUUUUUUUUUUACGAGUACAUGAUUUUCAGUACAUUUAACACUACUCAACUACACGUGCAAAAUUAAGGCUGUCAGACUACAAAGAUCACACUAUAAACUAGUAUCUCUUACACCAGCCAAACUUAGAAAUACCAUAUUUAUCACAUGUCAAUGUCACAGAGCAAGAGAGUGCACUGUUAGCAGCCAGUGUCCAUUUCGGGAAUACAGACAAAACUUUUUGGAAUGUCUACUCGGCUGAGGAAAUUGUUGGAUGAGCCAUGCACACAGUUCAGUGUCUCUUAACAGCAGUCGAGUUUCCCAAAGAAUACAUUUAAAACACAAAGUCCCAUUUAACCUUUUGAAAAAAAUACUGCUGACACCCCACACAUCUUGAUAUAUUUAUUGUUCACGGACAGCAUCCCACUUUAAUAGUCAUUUUUGUUUUGUUUGAUUUUGUUUGUAUGGGAAAUCAUUUUGAAAUGAUUCGGCAUCUGACAGGGAAAACAGAUUUCUCAUUCCACACUCUUUGCAUAGUUUUACUACAAGAACUUGGUUUCUCUCUGAAACCCUGACCAUCUGGGGAACCCAUUCAUCUGGCUUUUUACUUGAAACUCAAGAAGGACUUGUCUUUUCUCUUAUGUUGUGUUAGUCUCGUUCCAGGAGGUCUAACUGAUGUUAGAGCAAAUCUGGAAUUUUUAAUACACUGUCACAAAAAAACUAGCUUCUCUGGGGGCCUGGCAAGACCAUAACGGUCCAACAGCCUUAAUGAUGUCUACUACAGAAUAUACAUAA